AUGAAAUUCGAUAUUGUAAAAGCGAGUGUAGCUGAACAUCCUGAAGAUACCAUCUUCUAUCAAGCAUAUAAACAAUUAUAUUCUGGUACAUCUCAAAUAUUUCGACGGGGCAAUGACGAACAAGUUUGGAAAGCAAUCUAUGUUGGCAUGUUUAACGACGAUCAAGGUGGACCCUAUCGAGAUUCAUUAACGCGUAUAUGUGCUGAUUUAUGUAGUAGACGAUUACCAUUGUUUAUUCUUUGUCCGAAUGGACGAACAAACAUUAGGUCGAAUCGUGAUCGUUGGAUUCCGAAUAUUUUUCCAUCGAAUCGAUCCAUACCAGUUGAUAUUAGAAAUCAAUAUCGUUCUGUUAGACAACUCCUUGGUAUGGCAAUACAAGUUACAAUUGAAGAUAUUGAAGCUAUUGAUAUUUCAAGUUUUGCAAUUAUCAAUAAAAUGGAAGAAAAUAUUCGAAAAGUAAAAGAUCUCAAUGAAUGUAACGACGACGAUGUUAAAAACAACUGUGACUAUUUGUUUAGUAGUGUUAUGACUGAACUUACAUUUGAUGUCGUUGGUUCGACUGGACAAACUUAUGAACUUAUUCCAGGUGGUUCUCAUAUACCGGUAAUUGCUGUCAAUUUCGAAGAUUAUUGUAUGCGUUAUCGUCAAUAUCGUAUUAAUGAAUUUCAUCGACAAAUUGAAUUUAUUCGUCAAGGUUUGUAUAGUGUUGUACCAUGGGCUUAUUUAACUUUAUUCACAGCUAAUGAAUUAGAAGAAACUGUUUGUGGUAAAGGUUCUAUCGAUAUUGAAAUGCUAAAACAUCAUACAGAGUACAAAGAUUAUGAUGAAUCUUCACCGCAUAUCAAGCAAUUUUGGUCAGUUUUAAGUGAAAUUUUUAGUGAAGAACAGAGAAAAUUAUUUUUAAUAUUCAUUUGGGGACGAAGUACAUUGCCAUAUUGA